AUGGGGGAAGACGGUGGCAGCUCGGCUCGCGCGAGCUCGAACAACCUGCAGGAGGUGCUCAGCGGGGCCGCAGCCGAGUCUGGCGUGCUGCUGGAGUCCGUCGACGGCAUCGACGGCUCGUCCAUCUACCUGGAGAUCGCCAAGCGGUGGGCGCUCACCGUGCUGGCCCUCACGUACAUCCACCACUCGGUGUGUGGGUUUGGGCUUCCGGCCAUGUUGCCGGACAUCUCCCGCGACCUCAGCCUGUCCGACACCCAAGCUGCGUCCCUCACGGCGGGCUACUCCCUCAUCUACGCCGUCGCACUCACGCCUCUGGGAUUCCUGGCAGACAAGGUGUCGCGACCACAGCUCCUGGCCAUCGCCACGCUAGGGUGGUCCGCGCUGACGUUGCUGGCGGCGCAGAGCGACGACUUCACGUCCCUCUUCAUCAUGCGCAUGGGAUUCGCCAUCGCCCAGGCGGCCCAGAACCCCGUGUGCUUCUCAAUCAUCCCGGAACUCUUCCCCCAGAACCGCACGCUCGCGCUGGCGGCGUACAACAGUUCGAUGUACCUGGGGCGCGCCAUGUCGUUCGAGAUCGUCCUGUUCGCCUCGACGCUCUCCUCCUGGGUCACCAAGGUGCUCGACACCACGCCCGCGGCCAGCAUCGUCGCCAAGACGACCGCGGCGGCCCCCGUCGCCACGGGCGUCAAGAUGGUGCCCAUCGAGGGCAUUGACUUCUCCGAGUUCUCCAUCCUGUACAUCUCCGGAGACAUGGCCGCCAUCACGCCCGUGUACGACUACGGGUCCGCCGCGCUCCCCGAAGUCAUGCUCACCGCGGACUGGCGGUUCGUGCUGGACUUCAUUGCGCUCCCGGGCCUCCUCCUGGCCUUCCUGCUCGCCUUCACCGUGUCCGACCCGCGCAAGCUCGGCAAGUUCAUCCCCGAGAUGGGCAGCGUCAGCGACAUGUCCGAGGGGCUCGAGUCGCGCGUCCGCCGCGAGGCCACGGUCUUCUCGGUGUUUUGGCAGGAGCUGUCCACCGCCGUGGUGUACGUCGCCGACGGCAGCGCGGUGCGGCGCGCCCGCGCGCGGGGCCGAUUGGCGGGGCUCGCGAAGCGCACCAACUGGGCGGGGUUCGCGGACCAGCAGGAGCAGAUGAAGGGGCUCGUGGUGCGGCUGAAGCAGCAGGUGUCCAGGGCGCGCCGCAAGUACCGGUACCGGGGAGGGCGCCCCGUGCCGCAGCCCAGGUCGGUGUCCAUGACAGCGGGCGCCUCGCCGGGGUCGCGCACCUCGCUCGUGGUGUCGGAGGUGAGGCUGCCGAGCGAGUCUGCAUCGGGUCGUGCCCUGACGGCAACCAGCGGCGACGAGGGCGCGGCGGCGGCGCGAAACGGCGCUGGCAACGGCGCGGCGCGUGGUAUUCGCGAUGUCACCGGUGCCGGCGCUGGGACGCCGAGCAAGAGCGAGGGGUCGCUGUGGGACGCCUGCGUGGCGUUGUUCCGGGUGCCCGCCUUCCGCGGGGUGGCGCUCGCCAGCGCGCUCGUCGACGUGGGCGGCUGGGCGCUCAUCUCGUGGCACGCGGCCUUCUACGAGCGCACGUACGACCUCUCGCCGGAGGUGUACGCGCCGCUGCUGGCGCUGUGCAUUCCCGUGGGCGGCAUCAUCGGCGGGGUCGGCGGGGGGAUCCUCGGCGACAAGCUGAGCGCGCGCGGCGGGCGCGUGUGGCUGACCGCCGGCGCGACGAUCGCCUCGGCGCCGGUGCUGACGGAGUCGCUCCUGGCGGACACGUACCAGAUGUCGUUCGCAGCCCUCCUGGCGGGGUUCGCGCUGUCCGAGUGCUGGCGGUCCAACGCGGCGGUCAUCGUGCGGGACGUGUCGCCGCCCGAGCUCGGGUCGUCCGCGACGGGCGUCUGGCUCGCCGUGCGCAACGUGGUCGCCGCGCUGGGCCCGACGGGCGUGGCGCUGCUCUCGUCCAAGGUGGGGCUGCGGUACGCGCUGCUCCUCGCGCCGGGCUGCUACCUGGCCGCGGGCCUCGUGUUCUGGUGGACGGAAGCCGUGAUCGCUCGCGGCGCGGCUGGCGGGGACGUCGGGAGCGCGCAGCGGACGUGA